GUUCGUGUUAAGCCUUUUAUUACACAAACAGAAGGAGAGCUUCUGCCUCAGUGGGAUGAUGAAGUUGAUGAUGAAGAUGUAACAAGCCUGGUCGAUGAUAUCAGAAAUGAUUGUGUAGAUCAAGGAUUUUGGGAUGUCACGGAAGAACCUCCAGCUAAUAAAAACAGGAAACGUGAUGUUCCAGAGACUGAUGUUGAGGUUUCUAAAAAGAAGAAGGGUAUUGAAACAAAAACCAUUGGAGUUGAGGAAGACAAUAAUAUGCCAAAUAAUGAAGAAACUCAAACGAGCCAACUUUACAGCUUGAUGAAGACGUUGACAGGAAAACUUGAUAACUUGGAUGCAUCGAUUGAAGCAAAGGUUUGUACUAUGCUUGCUCAUAUGCUUGCUCCUAUGCUUGCUCCUAUGCUUUCUCCUAUGAAUGAAAAGCUAGCAGCAGUGGAGAAAGAGCUUCAAAAGAUGAAAGAAAAAGAUUGUGGUGAUGAUAUAAAAGUAGAUGCUAAUUGUUAUGCUAAUGAAAAAGCUGACGUUAGUAGCAAGGAAAUGUCUUGGGUAGUGGAGUUGAAUUCCACCUCGCAGGAUGGAUUGCCCACUCAACGUGUUGUCAAGAAACUGAAGAAGACAAGUAAAAAAAGUGGCAAUGUGGUUGACGAUAUGAAAGAAGUGGCUAAAGAAGUGGCUGGAAAGAAGCUGAAAAACAAAAUUGACGUGCCACAUUUACUUGACAAUUCAUCAGGGGAAGACACAUGGUCUGAUCCAAUGCAGCGUGACAAGGCUAAACAACUCGAUGAUCGUUUAGAUGCAUUUGCGACCUUUGCAAGAAAGUUGAAAAAGUAUACAUCUCCCACACCUUCCUCACCCCAGCACAAGCGCCAAAUAAAGCUAGCAUCGUCUCAGCUAUAUCCGUUCGUAGGAAAUUCUACCAUGAAACGCAUCAUCCCAAGUGUAACACCGUCUGUCUCAGCUUAUGAUCCAUUUGCUGCUGUUGAUGAUGAUAAAAUGAGGAAGUUACUGCAUUUUUUACUGGAUGAAGAGAAUGCUUUGGACAAAAGCUGCAUUACUAGUACUGAAUUCUAUAGAGUGAUUAUAACUCCAAGAAAUCAUUGGUCUUCUCAUGAUUAUGGCUGGUUGACUAACAUGCAUAUGUGGUCUGCCAUGACCAUGUUCUAUAGGAUAUCACUUAUUAAUAUCAACCCUAUGCUUUUUUAUAAUAAUGAUGUGAAGAAGCCGUUGCAACCUCAGCAAACCAAAGAUUACAAAUCCAAAAGAGAUGAAAAUACAGUAACUCUCAGCAAGCUGAAGACGUGA